AUGAACGACAUGGAAGCUUACGGGGACGGAUACAUGGAGCCGGAAGAGGAGUGGGAAAGGGAAGGUCUAUUGGACCCGGCUUGGGAGAAACAACAGAAAAAGACAUUCACAGCAUGGUGUAAUUCGCAUCUUCGUAAAGCAGGGACUGCCAUCGAAUCGAUCGAGGAAGACUUUAGAAACGGUCUGAAGCUGAUGUUGCUGCUCGAGGUGAUUUCAGGCGAGACGCUACCAAGACCGGACAGGGGCAAAAUGAGAUUCCACAAGAUCGCGAACGUGAAUAAAGCUCUCGAUUAUAUAGCCAGUAAAGGCGUGAAACUGGUAUCUAUUGGGGCAGAAGAAAUCGUGGACGGAAAUUUGAAGAUGACAUUGGGUAUGAUCUGGACGAUCAUUUUGAGAUUCGCUAUCCAAGACAUCUCCGUUGAAGAGAUGACCGCGAAAGAAGGUCUCCUACUCUGGUGUCAACGUAAAACUGCACCGUACAAGAAUGUCAAUGUACAGAACUUUCAUCUAUCGUUCAAGGAUGGCUUGGCGUUUUGCGCUCUUAUUCACCGUCAUCGUCCCGACCUUAUCGAUUACAAUAAACUAAGCAAGGAUAAUCCUUUAGAGAAUUUGAACACUGCCUUUGAUGUUGCUGAGAAGUAUCUCGACAUUCCUCGUAUGUUAGAUCCUGACGAUUUGAUCAACACACCCAAGCCAGAUGAGCGUGCAAUCAUGACGUACGUGUCCUGCUACUACCACGCGUUCCAAGGUGCUCAGCAGGCAGAAACAGCCGCGAAUAGAAUCUGCAAGGUUCUGAAAGUGAACCAAGAGAACGAGAGGCUGAUGGAAGAGUACGAGCGCUUAGCGUCUGAUUUAUUGGAGUGGAUACGAAGAACAAUGCCCUGGCUGGCUAGCCGUCAGACCGAUAAUUCCCUUGCCGGGUGUCAAAAGAAACUUGAAGAGUAUAGGACGUAUCGCCGCAAGCACAAGCCUCCGCGGGUCGAACAGAAAGCCAAACUCGAAACGAAUUUCAACACUUUGCAAACAAAGUUAAGACUGAGCAAUCGGCCUGCCUACAUGCCAACAGAGGGAAAAAUGGUCUCCGACAUUAAUAAAGCAUGGAAAGGUCUGGAAUUGGCUGAGAAAUCGUUCGAAGAAUGGCUUUUGUCGGAAAUGAUGCGUCUCGAGCGUCUCGAGCAUCUGGCUCAGAAAUUCAAGCACAAAGCUGACGCUCACGAGGAAUGGACAGCAGGAAAGGAAGAGAUGCUUACGUCGCAGCACUUCCGACAAUGUAAACUCAACGAGCUGAAGGCUUUGAAGAAAAAACACGAGGCUUUCGAGUCCGAUCUUGCGGCUCAUCAAGACCGUGUAGAACAGAUAGCUGCUAUCGCUCAAGAGCUCAAUACUUUGGAAUAUCACGAUAGCGCGUCCGUUAAUGCCAGAUGUCAACGAAUUUGCGAUCAGUGGGAUCGUUUAGGUACACUGACUCAACGCAGACGUCAGGCAUUGGACGAAGCGGAGCGUAUUCUUGAAAAGAUUGAUAUCUUACAUUUGGAAUUUGCCAAGCGAGCCGCUCCAUUUAACAAUUGGUUGGAUGGAACCCGGGAGGAUCUAGUUGACAUGUUUAUCGUUCAUACGAUGGAAGAGAUUCAGGGAUUGAUGGAUGCUCAUGCCGCGUUCAAGGCAACUCUCGGGGAAGCUGAUAAAGAGUACAACGCGAUCGUAGGAUUAGUACGCGAAGUUGAAUCGAUCGUGAAACAAUUCCAGAUCCCUGGUGGUCUUGAAAAUCCGUACACCACCCUUACUGCAUUGGACCUCACAAAGAAGUGGAGCGAUGUCAGGCAACUCGUGCCACAACGUGACGGUACACUGCAAGCGGAACUACGCAAACAGCAGAAUAACGAAUUACUUCGUCGACAAUUCGCUGAGAAAGCAAAUGCUGUCGGGCCAUGGAUAGAACGUCAGUUAGACGCAGUUACAGCCAUUGGUCUUGGGCUUCAGGGUACUUUGGAAGAUCAGUUACAUCGUCUGAAGGAAUACGAACAGGCGGUUUAUCAAUACAAAGCUCACCUCGAAGAAUUGGAAAAGAUUCACCAAGCUGUCCAAGAGGGCAUGAUAUUCGAGAAUCGAUACACGCAGUAUACAAUGGAAACGUUACGAGUUGGUUGGGAACAACUUUUGACUUCGAUAAAUCGUAAUAUUAACGAAGUAGAAAAUCAGAUCCUUACUAGAGACUCCAAGGGUAUCACGCAAGAACAAUUGAAUGAAUUCCGCAGCAGCUUCAAUCACUUCGACAAGAAUCGUACGGGCAGAUUAGCUCCCGACGAAUUCAAGUCCUGCCUUGUUUCCUUGGGUUAUUCCAUUGGCAAGGACAGGCAGGGUGACAUCGAUUUCCAACGCAUCUUAGCUAUCGUCGAUCCAAACAAUUCUGGUUACGUACACUUUGACGCGUUCCUGGACUUCAUGACUCGCGAAUCAACGGACACCGACACAGCUGAGCAAGUUAUCGACAGCUUCCGUAUAUUAGCCGGAGACAAGCCGUACAUCUUGCCGGAUGAAUUGAGGAGAGAAUUGCCACCUGACCAAGCCGAAUACUGUAUCCAACGAAUGCCUCCUUACAAAGGACCGAACGGAAUACCAGGAGCAUUAGAUUAUCGUUCUUUCUCCACUGCUCUGUACGGUGAAUCGGAUUUGUAAAGUUACAUAUCAAAAAUUUCGAAAAUCUCUGGACGAAUUUUAAUGGGGAAAAAAAGCAGGUCUGAUGACAUCUGAAAUGUUUGCUCUACGUUUUUUUUUGGUACUCUAAACGCAUGUUUACAAAUCGAGAAUAUCAACGCGAAACACACGGCAUCGUUGCUCAGUAUCAAGGAAAUACAGUACAACAAUAUUCGGAGCGUUUGGAAGGUAAAGCAAGAAAUAUGCUCUAAUAGUUUAUACGUGUCACGAGUGUUAGCAAUUUUUUAUUCGUGAUAUUGUUUUAACGUGAAGGAACCUGAGAACCACAUCGAUAUAAACUUUGAUAUACCGGUAUUUCCUAGGACGAUCACCUCCGUUUACCGAUGGUAAAUCGAACUUUUAGAGCUCGAUGAAUAGGUGGUCCGUACUUAAAUAAGUCUGUACAGUGACAAUAAAUAUCUAAUUUAGAUACCUUAACGUUAAAAGAAUAGCACAAACGAAUCCAACUAGUUCUUCUAGAACGUUUGCUUCUUGCCUAUGUCUACGAUGAAUCCUAUAUAAUUAGUAAGUUAACGUUUUAAUUGUAUAUAAACAUCUUCGAGAGGUCACACGAGUACCAAUAAGAAAGAAAAGCAUUUCCUUUUUACGCGAGCGUUUCAGAAAAGGAAAGAACGAAACUGUGCCGAAAACGAAAUAUUACAAUUAAAAUGCGAUCGAACAAUUUAUUAUUGCGUAUUACUCUCGCAUACAUUGAUAUUGUAGCCUUACGUAUCUUGAAAACAAACGUUUUAUUCAAGCUUUUCUAUCAUUUGGAAGGUCAGCCUAUUUGGUUUCUUUUUGAGAAACUUUUCAUUUUGUUCGAUCGGAGUGAUAUUAAUGAACGAUAUUCACUCGAAUAUCAUAUAGUUUUUAGAUACGUUCCUGCUGGUCAGCGCUUUCAUUUUCCUUUCUUUUUCUCUUCAUCUUCUUUACGUUCAUGAAAACAAGAAAAUUAAGUACCGAUUCGUUUGAAACGUAAGGUACAAAUCGAUGUUUGUGAAAACAUGUGGAAAAUUCAUGAUACAUGUAUAAAUUAAGAUUAUUAACGAUACAAAACGAAUUUUUGGACAUCCUUGUAUACGUACGAAUCGACUCUCUCGCUAAGGAUCCAGAAAAUAUUACGCUCGAAAUCGAACGCAACACGUUCAUAUUUUUUAUAAAAAAAAAAAAAAAAGAAAGCGGCGCAACGAAUUUUUAAACGACGAAGCCCGCCUUUAUACUUCGCUUAAUCGUAUAUUAAAUGAUAACGCGAAAACGAUGCUAAAGAAAGCAAAUUUAUUUAUUUAUUUGAAUUAAAUGAUUAUUUAUUAUUGUUCCGAUAAUUAAUUAUGGUUAGUGAACGAAACCACUUUUUCAAAGUAUUUAUUUUUAUAAAUAUUUGAGAGAAGUGAUAUAAACGAAAGGCCAACUGUAAUAUAAGAUCUGUCAUGUAAAAUUGUUCCAAAUAGCAGCUGCCAUUUCUCUGUGUCAUGUGUAAUUAGCAGCCUAAAAACCAUUUAGUCGAAUCAUUGUCGUCCAAUUCAUCAUUAUUGUAAGGUCAUGAUAAAAGCUCGUGUGUGAAAUGUAAUUUACUUAUUCGGGAGAAAGGAAAAAGUAUAUUGAACCCUUUUUUUUUCUUUUUUGGUUUCUCGCUUGAAACAUAAUGCUUUUUCAAUAUCCAUCUUAAUGCGUUUUGCGAGUUUAUUUGAUUUCUCGUAUCUUAACUAAAACUAUCAAAAGGAGAAAAAAGAAACGUAUUGGGCUUUUUACAGAAACAAUGAAAUGUAAAAAAAAAAAACACGCACACAAACAAGCAAGCACACACACGUACACACGCGUUAUCAGAAAAGAAUUAUCCACGAUAUCGAAAUGUAAUAAAUUCAAACGAGUACGUACACGUACGAUGUAAAUUCAGUCGAAUGAAAUUUCAUUCGAAUAAUGAAUUUUCUUUCGAAUGAUCCGCUCGUACUAUGUACUCGUAUUACAUUCUCAUUGAUAAUCGUAUAUACAUAUAAUUACAAUUCUUAUCAUUUUAUUCUAUUUAACGUAACACUCGCCCUACCGUCGUCUCGUAUCGUACAUAAUUAUACAGGUCUACUCUCACUUUGCCCGUUUCAUCUUCCUCGAUCGGUUUGAGUAAAGAAAAAAAAGAAAAAUAGGAAAAAGUCGAAAAAAAAAGCAUUGUAAAAUUAAGUUACGAGGAAAAAUGAACAACAGUUCGUUGGAGAAAAACGAUAGAACUGUUGAGAAUUUUAGUACCGAGCAAAAGCGGCUAAUAUAUGCGUCAUAUCAAAUGGGCGGUAUAAACAAAGGAUAUUUAAAUAAAAAUUUCUAACAGUGUGGUUAAAA